GAACCAACCACCACUUCAGAAACAGAAUUCUGUGAGUUGACAGAAUCAAGUUGUCAGCAAGGAACAUUUGAUGAAGAUCACUGUGAGUGCGUAUGCCCGAUGUCUGUAUCUGGGAGAACCUGUCAAGUUCCCAACCCAUGUUUUGAUCUAACCCUCUGCCCUGCGGAGGGGAUGUACUGCGUGGCAAACAUCUUCAACCCCGUUGGCUAUGACUGUGUUUGCGAUGCCUUACUUGGAUAUCUCGCGGAAGAUGGUGGAUCCUGUACAAGAUAUAUUGCACUCGUGUUCAGACUCAGGGUUUUGGGUAUCAACGGAGUCGCCGUCAUCUUUCUGCCUGUGUUCAGUAAUCCCACCUCGUCUGCCAGUAAAGAAGCCCUUCGUAUCAUCCUUGAAAUACUGCUCUUUAUUCUGAAACGAAAUCCACUGACCUCUGCCGUCCGUGAUGUUACUGGCAUCAGUAUCCUCAGCGGAGGAAGCAUCAUUGUCGAGUUUGUGGCUUUGUACGAUAACACCGACACGGCACUGGUCGUGCCAUCUGUGCAGACCAUACAGAGCGUUCUGCAGUCUCAAAGUACACUUCAGGGGGAAUCGGCCUCGCUGGCAGUGGACACACAAUAUGUCACCACAGAACAAACAACCUCAACCUGCCCCAUGAAUUACUGUGCAAACGGUGGAACGUGUGACGUAGUUGGACUCUACCCAAUGUUUACCCUUACCUGCAGAUGCAGUACUUCCUUCACUGGUGAGCGCUGUAAUGACAGCAUCAUGGGAGUCGUACCAACAGCUCCCCGCACGGACGCACCAACCGAAACGCCUGGUCAAGGUGUCUUACCAGCCAUCUUGAUCAUCGUAGUUUUGGUGGUGGUACCAGUGGUCGGCUUGCUCAUCCUGGUAUUCCCGUGUGUUCUACUGAGGCGUCGUAAUGCCGCAUUCAAGUCGCCCUACCGUCACUCUGCUGAUGUGAGACCAGAUUUCAAUCGGCGGGUCUGGAGGGAUGAGGACGGUACCGUUAUUGCCGUCUUCCCCACCGCGUCGCAACGUGACCAGAGCACAAGAUUUUCUGCUAGGGCUAGGCAUGAAGCAAGCAGCUACGUGCCCCAACUGCAGCAGAUUCCACCCGAACGACGCAGUCACUUCAUGACACCAUACGUGGUAUUAGGCUUUGAGGAGAUGCAGCUGCGUGAAUUCCAAGGGCCAAUGGAACACUUCGGAGAUCAAGAUUGGCGCAAUCCUGCAAGUUACGGCCACUACUAGACCCUGUGCCGGCGCCUACUCAACAAGACGAUAUUCUUUGUAACAGUUUAAUCAUGGAUGAAGGGAUGUUUAGUAAACAUUGAAGUACAUUUUAUUUUGUUAAUUAUAAAUGUGCAGGGUGAGUCAAAAAGAAAAUUGCCCAAUUUGAACAAUAUUUUACAAAUAUUUGGCUAGCUCCAUUUCACAUUUUAAAAAAAAUGGGGAUAAAGUCCAUCUUAUUGACUUUUUAACUGUAAACAUUUUACGUAGUUUACGUACUCAAUUUCCAGCUAAUGUCUAUGUCAAGAAAAAGACCACAAAACUCGGCUGUCCACCACUGAUCAUUUACCAUUCUACGAACCGAUGAAUGCAUAUAUUGACUACAAUGAAACGUAAGCUUGUAAUCCGUAAUAUUCGCCCAGCUCAAUAGCUUCUAAUGACAUUCCAUGGACAGCUA